AUGCCCAGAAGGUCACCUCUAUCACCAACCAAAGACGCAUUCUUUCCUGCCAACGACCACGCCACACACCGAGAUCUUCUCCUCUUCGAAGAGCGCCUCAAAACUAACGCCUUGCUUCUCAAUCGCCGCAAGUCGCGCUACCAGUUAUUCUUGUUCCAGCUGAUCGGAACCAUCGUCUUCUUGCUUUCUGAGGUGCUUCUGCAGACUUCUUUUCUGUCUAUCCUGUCGAGGUUUUUGCUACGACAUGCAUUGCCCGAGCACUAUGGCCCGGAUGAUGACUUCAGGGUCCACCCGUAUUUCGUCUCUGGCCUGCUCUUCGUAGCAGUCACCACCUUGGUACUAUUUUUCGCGAGCGGGAUGUAUUCAGAGAAAAUUGGCUACGCAAAUCGCUACGUUCCACAUGCGAAUCGAGCACUGCGUAACUUCAACAUGUACCUCAACAUGCGCGCAGCCCCACGUGCUUCCAUGCUCAGCCCACUGUCCUUUCUCCUUGCGCGCCCCGCACCUUUCUCGGUGACACCGUCGUCUCCUCGUACGCCGUCACCCACUCGUCUGGGGAAGCGCUCCUCGUCCGCUAUCCCCAUCCCCUCCAUUCCCCCUUCCAACAACCCUCGCGGCGAACUCAUAUUCUCCUCAAAAGUUGACCGCUCCUUCCGCGAAUCAUAUGAGCGUUAUCGUUCUGCGUUCGAACGAAAACGUGUAGAACGAGAGCGUGCAGCCGCAGCGUUUACAUGGCACGCUUAUCUCCCACAGAACUGGCUCGGCGAUGUUUAUGCUGCAUACGCAUACAGAUAUAGAGGUACGUGGAUUGAGUCCUGCCAGACCCGGAUCGACAAGAGGCCGAGGGGGGCGUAUUACACCGACAGGUGGACCAUCCAGAAGGUCAAGUCCAGUACCUAG